GGUCAGGUCCCCGCGAAGCUGCGCAGGUGCAGAGUCCCCGACAAAGCGACGCGGCUGGCCGGCCUGGUCCUCGCAGAGACUGUGAGCCUGCGGCUGCAGAUUAUCUUACACUGAGUUGAUCGAGUACUUUGAAAAUGACUUCCAAGCUACUUUCAGUGUCCUUCACAAUUGCUAUCCUAAGUCUUUCAACUACAUUUGCUCUCCGACCAGACCAGCAAAAGGUUCUACUCGUUUCAUUUGAUGGAUUCCGCUGGGAUUACUUAUACAAAGUUCCGACGCCCCAUUUUCACGAUCUCAUGAAACACGGUGUGCAUGUGAAGCAGGUUACUAACGUUUUCAUUACAAAGACUUACCCCAACCACUAUACUCUGGUCACUGGCCUCUUUGCAGAGAAUCAUGGGAUUGUGGCAAAUGACAUGUUUGAUCCUAUUCUGAACAGAUCUUUCUCCCUGGACCACAUGAAUAUUUAUGAUUCUGAGUUUUGGGAAGAAGCCACACCAAUAUGGAUCACAAACCAGAGGGCCGGACAUGCGAGUGGUUCAGCUAUGUGGCCGGGAGGUGAUGUAAAGAUUCACAACAGCUUUCCAACUCACUACCUGCCUUACAACGAGUCCAUUUCAUUUGAAGAAAGAGUUGCCCAAAUCAUAGAAUGGUUCACAUCAGAAGAGCCCAUAAAUCUUGGUCUCCUCUACUGGGAAGACCCUGAUGACAUGGGCCACCAGUUGGGACCUGAUAAUCCUCUCAUGGGGCCUGUCAUUUCAGAUAUUGACCACAAGUUAGGAUAUCUCAUUCAAAUGCUGAAGAAAGCAAAACUGUGGAACGUGGUGAACCUCAUCGUCACAAGUGACCAUGGCAUGACCCAGUGUUCUAAGGAAAGGGUGAUAGAGCUUGACCAGUAUCUGGAUAGAGACCACUACACCCUGAUUGACCAAUCUCCAGUAGCCGCCAUCUUACCAAAAGAAGGUAAGCUCGAUGAAGUCUACGAAGCACUGGCUGAUGCUCAUCCUAACCUCACUGUUUACAAAAAAGAGGAGGUGCCAGAGCGAUGGAGUUACAAAAACAACAGGCGGAUCCAGCCGGUUGUGGCGGUGGCUGAUGAAGGGUGGUAUAUUUUACAGAAUAAGUCAGAUGAAUUUCUGUUAGGCAACCAUGGUUAUGAUAAUGCAUUAGCAGAAAUGCAUCCAAUAUUUUUAGCCCACGGUCCUGCCUUCCGAAAGAAUUUCACAAAAGAAGCCAUGAACUCCACAGAUCUGUACCCCCUGCUGUGCCACCUCCUCAGUAUCACCGCCCUGCCACACAAUGGAUCCCUCAGCAAUGUCCAGGACCUGCUCAGUUCCGCAGCUCCAAAAGCAAUUCCUUAUACACAGAGCACGACCCUCCUCCUGGGGGAUGACCACUUAGGAGAGCUUGGGCAAGAGGAGUCCUACCCUUACUUCCUUGGGGUCUCUCUUGGCUGCGUUAUAGUGAUUGUAUUUUUUGUAAUUUUCAUUAAACACUUAAUUGACAGCCAAGCACCUGCCUUACAAGAUACGCAGGCUGAAAUUGCUCAACCAUUGCUACAAGCUUAAUGCUUCUCUGAGAUGGAAUUGCAUAUAAGGAGAUUGCACGAUUAUGUCAAUGUGUAAGUUUCACAUUCUAAAAAAACAGUUUCAGACAUCUGCAGAGGCCAUCGAGCAGUUAAUACAUAUUUUGGGGCACACGCGCGCGCGCACACACACACACCCAAACACCUGACCCUGUAGAGGAUUAAAGACUUGAGGGUAUUUUUCCCAGAUUCUCUCCCUUAGGGGUAGAUAAACACUACUUUCUUUGAACUUGGCACAUAACAUGUAUAUAUUUAGCAACUUUGCACUAAAGUAUCUUAUGCAUUGCACUUUAAAUUACUCUUGAGUGAGUACUUUUCUUUGAAAUGCACUCUAUAGAUUGUCCAGUCUUAUAACUCGGGUAGAAAACUUCUUGCACCUAGAUUACAGAAUAUUUGUAUUUCAUGGUCAGGCUGAAGGGCAUUUCUAAUCAUUCCUGAAGAAUGUAGGAAUCUCCUUAAACUGAUAGAACACGAAAAAUGCAGAACUGUUGAAAUCAAUGAAAUGAACUUUGUCCCCAGCAGCAGGCUAUACCGGUGGGUGUUUCUUGUCAUGGUUCUUUCCAAAGGAUAGAGACUCCAGCACUGACAGGUGCAUCAUACAUGCUAUUCUGCCAUCAAAUUAAUCACUGCUGAGCUGGGCAUGGUGGCACACGCCUGUAAUCCCAGCACUUGGGAGGCUGAGGCAGGAGGAUUGCU